AUGUCCUCCUUAAACGUGCGGGAUUUGAAUAAUACCCGCAAGGCCCAAAUGGAACUGGUAUUUUUCAAUCGAGUUCCUAAAGUUGGAAGUCAGACGUUCAUGGAGCUUCUUCGACGACUUUCCGAGCGUAAUAAUUUUCAGUUCCAUCGGGAUGCAGUCCAAAAAGUUGAGACAAUACGUUUGGCGGAGGACCAGCAGCAGGAAAUGGCCGAGGUGAUCAGUGAGCUCCCGGAACCCUCAGUCUUUAUCAAGCAUGUGUGCUUUACCAACUUUACCAAGUUCAAUCUGCCCAAACCAAUUUACCUAAAUGUGGUUCGUGAUCCUGUGGAGCGUGUCAUCAGUUGGUUUUACUACGUGAGGGCUCCGUGGUAUUUUGUGGAGCGGAAAGCAGCCUUUCCCGAUCUACCAUUGCCCCAUCCUGCUUGGCUUAAGAAGGAUUUUGAAACAUGUGUUCUUAAUGGCGAUCAGGAGUGCACCUAUACUCAGGGAGUCACGGUGGAGGGAAUUGGCGAUCAUCGCAGACAGAGCUUAUUUUUCUGCGGUCACGACUACGAGUGCACGCCUUUUAACACCUUGGGUGCUCUUGAACGAGCCAAAUUUGCCGUAGAGCAGCAGUAUGCUGUUGUCGGUGUACUCGAAGAUCUCAACACCACACUCUCCGUCCUGGAAAAAUAUGUACCACGAUUUUUUGAAGGUGUUCGAGAUAUUUAUGCAACUAGCGCUGAAUACUUAACGAAGAUCAAUAAGAACAACUUCAAGCCGCCGGUCAGCGAACAUGUAAAGGAUAUAGUGCGUCGGAACUUUACAAAUGAGAUCGAGUUCUAUCAGUUUUGCCGCCAGAGACUCCACAAACAAUAUUUAGCUGCCCACUUACCCCAGCGAAUUAUCACAGAUUCAGCUCAUCUGCCCGGCCUAAUUGGCAAUUAA